GUGAUGUUGGUGUGUCUAGCAGCGGCGUCGACCAAUCACACGUGGUGUUCCUCCUCCAGUAUUUACAUCCUCACUGGGCUUGGCGUCGUCUUAGUCCUCCCAGCCCUGUUUUUUUUGUAUUUUGGAGGGAAAUUGACCCUUGCAAAUAACCAUCAAGAUGUCCUACGCUCCCAAAUCUAAGGUGCAGAAGGUCAUGGUGCUGCCCAUUAACCUUAUCUUUAGGUACCUGCAGUCCCGAGCCAGAGUACAGCCAAGGCAGAAGGAUGUACUUCUUAGAAAUGAAAUCAGGAAAACUAUUGGUCGCAUUCUGUUGAAGGGCGAUAAUAUCACACUGAUCCAGAAUACUCAACCAGAUGGCACGAACAUGUAGUACAUGGAUAUGUCGACAUCGAGAUUUAUUGACUGCUGUGAAGGCAGUUCAGAUCUCAGGUCAACCAGUCGUGAGGCAGUUCUAUCAUAAGGCACUGAAUCGAAAGGAGUACAGUGCAAGUUUCAUUGAUUGGAUAUGUGCUUAAUUUCCCAUAAUUAUAUCUAGUUUAAAUUUUUAUCAUUCUCAGAAUUUUAUGAAUAGAGGAAUUUCAAUUUUACAUUGUGCUAGUUUAUACAUAAUGCUAUGUGUUAAAACAGGAAUCUUAUACUUGGGGGGGGAAGACAGGUCUGGUCUGUCUAAUGAAAUUUAAGUGUUAUUAAUUUUACUUUUAUAUGUAAAGUAUAUUCUUCACUAGGUAAAAUAUUCCAAUUUGUGAGGCCAUACAUAGUCCUUUUUUUUUUUAAUAUUAGGUGUAAAGUGAGUUUUGUAAUAAAAAUAUAAAAGUAUGCCA